AAGAGCAUUUUCAUUGUUCAUCAAAAGAAAAAGAAAAAGAAGAAAAAAAAGCAUUUCAUGAUACAGGGGUUAAAUUGAAAAUGAGAAAAAGUUAAAAGGACCAAGAUGUUAGAGAUCCCAAACUUGAAAGGGUAUUAGGGAAAUUAACCUUACUCAUUGUUAAAAAUUGCUGAUCAUAUUUUUGUUACUCUUUCGCCAUAUUUGCCCAAAACGAAGCUCAUGUAAACCUCCAAAGUCGACAGUAACAGAGUUGCAGAUUGAGAUUUGAUUGAACUAAGCCUGCUGUAGAUUCCUUCCUUCCAUAUGCUAUGCUGCUUUAAUGGCUGCUGGUUCAAGGUUUUCCACAAUGAAGUCAAUUCGUAAUUGUACCAAUUUCUAUCCGAUACCUCAAUCGCUUUGCUCAUGUAACAUUACAAGAACAUCAUAUGCCUCUGUAAAUCUCCAUUACCAAGUGAAAGGAAAACAAAGCUUUGAAAACACUGGAAGUAGUCGUGAAAAUGUAUUGGGUUUGAAGUCUCCUAUUGGUGUCAGAUGUUAUACAAUCCGACCCAAUUGUACAUCUUCAUCCACAUUCUCAAACUCCCACUUUAGGAAGGCUGUUCCUCUUUUUUCUGCAAUCCCUCUUUUGAAGUACUGUUCGUAUUCCUCCUCCUCUGGUAGUAGCAAUGCUGGUAAAGGUGUAGACCAAAUAGUGUCAGCCUCAUCUGGUGCCAGUGGAGUUAAUGUUUCUGACAGUGGUGUUGGAAAUGAAUGGCUUGAUAAGGUUAAAGAUCUUUGGCAAAGUGUAGUUGAGGGAGCAACUUAUACCGGCCAGAAAGCUAAGGAAGUUUCUGAUGAGCUUUCUCCUCAUGUUGAACGAUUGUUGGAUUCACAGCCGUAUCUCAAAAAUGUAGUUGUUCCAGCUAGUUUUAUGCUCACUGGUACUCUACUGGCUUGGUUUGUGAUGCCUAGGGUCUUGAGAAGAUUUCACAAGUACUCUUCACAAGGUCCUGUUGGUAUAUUGUCUAGAAGUAUGUCUGGGGAAGAAAUUCCUUAUGAGAAAAGUUUUUUGGGUGCUUUGGAGGACCCAGUACGAUAUUUAGUUACCUUCAUAGCAUUUACACAAAUUGGCAUGAUGGUAGCACCAUCUACUAUUGCAUCACAGUACCUUUUACCAGCAUGGAGGGGUGCUGUUAUCGUGUCACUUGUGUGGUUCCUGAAUCGGUGGAAAACAAAUGUUUUUACUCGUGCAUUGGCCGGUCCUGUUGUGGCGGGUCUUGAUCGCGAGAAAUUGCUAGCUCUUGACAAAGUUUCAUCUGUUGGUCUUUUUGUAAUUGCUGUAAUGGCUUUAGCAGAAGCAUGUGGGGUGGCUGUUCAAUCUAUUCUCACAGUUGGUGGCAUAGGAGGAGUUGCUACUGCUUUUGCUGCUCGAGACGUCCUUGGAAAUGUGCUUAGUGGUUUGUCUAUGCAAUUCUCAAGGCCCUUUUCACUCGGAGAUACAAUAAAAGCCGGAUCAAUAGAAGGUCAGGUAGUGGAAAUGGGGCUUACUACCACCUCAUUACUGAAUGCUGAGAAGUUUCCUGUCAUAGUUCCAAAUUCUCUGUUUUCUAGUCAAGUAAUUGUGAACAAGUCACGUGCUGGAUGGCGUGCCAUUGUCUCUAAAAUUCCCCUGCAGAUAAAUGAUUUGGAUAAGAUUCCUCAGAUUGCUAAUGAUAUAAACAGUAUGCUAAGAUUGCACUCUCAGGUAUUCUUGGGAAAGGAAGCUCCUUACUGUUUCUUGUCUCGAGUAGAGAGUUCAUUUGCAGAAUUGACUGUUGGAUGCAACCUCAAACAGAUGGUAAGCUCCUGGCCUUUUAAUAUUUGCAAACCUACACCUGCGAUGCUACAUCGUUUGUUUAUAGCUUAUAUAUCAGCAAUAUGUUCUUUUAUACAUAAUGAUUGAAUGAAGAUUGAAGACCUUGAAAUGGAUAAUUAGAUUCAUUUUAGGAAAAUUAACAAUAGAGCUGACGAUAAGAAAUGUUUGAUGUCAGUCAUUUCUAAUUGAUAGAUCCAGUUAUGAACGUAUCUUUAGAAUUCUAUCAUAUUAUUAUUUUGUAGGGAUGGAAGGGUAGAGUGAAGAACCUGUAGUCGUCUCCCCUUAAAAAAUUAAUUUUUAAAUAAUUGGUUGAUUGCUUCUGGAGACUGAUUCUUUUAUAUAAGCAGAAUCAUAAUUAUGCUCUCAGGUUUGCAAUGUUUUGUUCUGUAUUCAAGUCUAUAUAAUAUAUUAAUAAAAAUGCAUUGUUUAAAUACUGUUCAUCUGUGAGAUAUAUUCUCAUAUCCUACCCCAUUAUUGCACCUACCCUCUCAAAUUAUCUCUAUUUUUCUGCUAAUUUUCGUUUAUUGACUCAGAAAAAGGAUGAGUUUUACGCUACACAACAAGACAUUCUUCUUCAGUCAGUGCAAAUUAUAAAGAAGCAUGGCGCCGCGUUAGGCACUGCGGUGACAACAUGACCAAUCCGUAAUGUGGAAGAUUAUAUGGAGGUUGGAAAAUUGUUUUUGUCUCUUUGUUUUAAAGAAUAUUUACACUUCAAUGUUGGUCACACACAGGAAAAGCUUUUAACAAAAAUGUCUUAACAACUAGUCUUGAUUGGGUUUUUGUUUUUUCCUUGUUAAGAAAAGAGCAACUGAUGAAAUGGAUCAUAAGAUAUAAAUGGAUUUUUUUCUGGCA